CCCGCCGCGGGCAUGGGCGCGCUGGCCCGGGCGCUGCUGCUGCCGCUGCUGGCCCAGUGGCUGCUGCGCGCGGCCCCGGCGCCGGCCCCCGCGCCCUUCACGCUGCCUCUCCGGGUGGCAUCGGCCAGCAGCCGCGGGGCGGCGCCCUCCCCUAGGCCCGGACCCCCCGCCGAGCCCCGCGCGGACGGCCUGGCGCUCGCCCUGGAGCCCGCCGGGGGUGCAGCCAACUUCAUGGCCAUGGUGGAUAACCUGCAGGGGGACUCUGGCCGCGGCUACUACCUGGAGAUGCUGAUCGGGACGCCCCCUCAGAAGCUGCAGAUACUUGUUGACACUGGAAGCAGCAACUUCGCCGUGGCCGGGGCCUCGCAUCCCUACAUCGACUCAUACUUUGACACGGAGAGGUCCAGCACCUACCGCCCCAAGGGCUUUGAUGUCACCGUGAAGUACACGCAAGGGAGCUGGACUGGCUUCGUUGGGGAGGACGUUGUCACCAUCCCCAAAGGCUUCAACAGUUCUUUUCUGGUCAACAUUGCCACUAUCUUUGAGUCGGAGAAUUUCUUUUUGCCUGGGAUUAAAUGGAAUGGGAUACUUGGACUGGCUUAUGCUACCCUGGCCAAGCCAUCAAGUUCUCUGGAGACAUUCUUUGAUUCCCUCGUGGCGCAAGCAAAGAUCCCCGACGUUUUCUCCAUGCAGAUGUGUGGGGCUGGAUUGCCGGUCGCUGGAGCUGGUACCAACGGAGGCCGUCUCGUCCUGGGUGGAAUUGAACCAACCUUGUACAAAGGAGACAUCUGGUAUACCCCUAUUAAGGAGGAGUGGUAUUAUCAGAUAGAAAUUCUGAAAUUGGAAAUCGGAGGCCAGAACCUUAAUCUGGACUGCAGAGAGUACAACGCGGACAAGGCCAUCGUGGACAGUGGCACCACACUGCUGCGCCUGCCACGGAAGGUGUUUGACGCCGUGGUCGAGGCUGUGGCCCGCACGUCUCUGAUCCCAGAAUUCUCUGAUGGUUUCUGGACGGGGUCCCAGCUGGCAUGCUGGACAAAUUCUGAAACACCUUGGUCUUAUUUCCCUAAAAUCUCCAUCUACCUGAGAGACGAGAACUCCAGCAGAUCAUUCCGCAUAACUAUCCUGCCUCAGCUUUACAUUCAGCCCAUGAUGGGGGCUGGCUUGAGUUAUGAAUGUUACCGAUUCGGCAUUUCGCCUUCCACAAACGCGCUGGUGAUCGGUGCUGCCGUGAUGGAGGGCUUCUAUGUGGUCUUUGACAGAGCUCGGAAGAGGGUGGGCUUUGCAGCCAGCCCCUGUGCAGAAAUCGCAGGUGCUCCAGUGUCUGAAAUUUCUGGGCCUUUCUCAACGGAGGACAUAGCCAGCAACUGCGUCCCUGCCCUGCCUUUGAAUGAGCCCAUUUUGUGGAUCGUGUCCUAUGCUCUCAUGAGCGUGUGUGGAGCCGUCCUUCUUAUCUUAAUCGUCCUGCUGCUACUUCCGUUCCGGUGCCGGCAUCUACCCCCGGAUCCCGGGGUCGUCAACGAUGAGUCCUCUCUCGUCCGGCAUCGCUGGAAAUGAAGAGAAAAGCCUAAACUCUAGCAACCUUGAACUCAAGGAUUACGACAAUUCAAGGGGCAGCAGGCAGGGGUUAUAAGGCAAGGUUUCUUCCUGUGUCCAUUAGUCUUAAGUCUCUGUUCUGCUCCCAGAUGCCUUCCAGAUUCACUGUAUUUUGAUUCUUGAUUUAAAAGCUUCCUCCUACUCUCCUACUUCCAAGGAAAAUGAUAAUAAAAGACACCUCAUUCAUAAUCAAAACAGAGUGAAUUGGGCUUCAGGCUUUAUGUAGCUGGCUAUGCCAAACUAUCUAGGUGUGCCACCCCCCCCA